AUGAGCCCAGCCGGAAGCCACGCAGUAAAGAUCACAGACGGUCUAUACGUACCAAGACUAAACAAAGCUAAUUUCAGCAAAUGGUAUAUCAGCAUCGAAGCAGUAUUCGAACAUUAUGAGUUAUGGGAUUCACACGUCAUUGCAGUACCGCCAGAAAAGGCAGAAAAGGCUUUUAAAAUAAAAGAAAUCAAAGCAAGAGGAUUAAUUUGCUCAACAGUCAGCGAAGAAGACUACGAAGAAUUCACUGAAGAUUCACACGGAACUCCGCUAUCAGCACGCGAUUCAAUCGCUAAAAUCGUCAAACACUUCAGAACAGGAAAUCUGAUCGAGAUCCACGGAUUGGAAAUCAAGAUGCAAGAACUCACUUACAACACAGAUGAAGGAGUCAAAGUUCUAUUUGAAGAAAUGACUAAGCUACGGAAAGCGCUCGAGAGAAUGAACGUUGUAACUUCAAAUUCCGAGUUCUUCAGAAAAAUCCUAUGGAAGCUAAUCGAUGUAUCACGACAUUGGGUCUCGAUGAGAAAGGAAUUCAAUGACUAUUCUGAAAAAGACUUCUCUACAAAGCCUAUCAAGGACAUGCUAGUCAGAGAAGAGGAGGAUCUAAUAAGAGCUCACGAAUUACCAAAAUUACAAAACGCCGAAGUCGCACGACUAGGUCAUAUCGGUAAAGGAUUAAUCUUAGAUCUAGCAAAGAAUGUCAAAGGCAUGGAAAUUAUCAAGAAUCCAGUAAAUACACCUAUUCAUAUAUGUGAAGCUUGCGUCGAAGGACAAGCACAUAAGAAACCUUUUCCAGUGCCUAAUCACAGGGCUUAUGAUUGGAAUGUUCCUACUACACUUUCCAAAUCCAAAACUACUCACCCAAAUAUUGAUAACGAUAGUGAUGAUGAAAUGCCAUUCGUUAAUCCUAACUUCUCUACUACUACUACUACUCCUACAUCUCCUCCUGAACUAAUAGAGGAUGAUUAUAUGACUACUGAAUCUACUACUCCUACUAGAACUAUAACUGAUAAUGUAGAUCCAUUCGCUAGAUCUUAUCCCUCUACAUUCAGUCCAUCACAUUUACCUACUUCUAUAAACAGGGAAUGUUCUAAUGUUCCAUCUGAGGAUUCAAUUCAAUUACCCCCUCAGAUCCCCCGACGAGGUAUCUUUCGGAACAAACAAAUUCACGCCUCCUUACGUGAAUCAAGCCUAAGCGGUAUCAGGAAACCAAAGGCAAAUACAAAAAUCGUUGCAGAGUCUACGCAAACUAUUCCUAAUGAAGCAAUCAACGCUUCAAGUCCCCGGAUUCAGGAACUAUCUCAAUCCGAUUCCGAAGUGGAAGACACACCACUUAAAGCUAACAGCUGGAAUCAAUCCUAUUGGCCAAGUUAUCUCCGGGUACUAUAG